UUCAAAACCGACCCUUACGCUACUAAAGCAAAUUCAAAACUGAAGCUCAUACAGCAACCAUUAAAUUGAAGUUUAAUUCAACUAAUUGCAUCAUUAUAUAAACACAUCACCAUUACUAGCAAAAUCAUAAGCCAAAAAAUGGUUUCUUAUCUGCAAAAGCUGCUCUUCAUCGCUCUCACCAUCGCGACCGCAGUUCCUUUCUCAACAAGCCACCGGAAAAGAUCGAGAAAAUCACACGGCUCCAAUUCCGGCGACAACACUGAAAAAUACCUGAGAGAUCUCUGCUCCGAAACCGAUAGAUCGGACGUGUGCUGGAACAUCCUCAGAUCGGAGGUGCGCCGCUUCGAUUCCGGCGGCGACAGAGACAUCGCCGGCGGAGUGAUCGAUCUGGCGAUAGCGAAAUCAAAGGAGAUUCACGGCAAGCUCAGGAAGUGGCACAAGGAUUCCGACGACAAGAAGUUGAAGGAGAAGUACCAUUUGUGCUCGGAGAAUUACAACGAUGUGUUUCGCGAUCUGAAAGAGGCGGUGAAGAAGUUAGGUUCCGAUGAUUAUCGUGAAAUUUUGGAUGAGAUUGAUGACGCGGAGGAUGAAUUGGAUGAGUGCAGGCAGCUAUUCGGGUCGGGCUCGUUUGAUCCGGGUCAUGUUGAGGACCGGAACGAUGAGCUCGGGGUUUACUUGGACGUCGUUAGAGCUGCGGCCGACCGUUUGGGAGAUCAAUAAAUAUAUAUUGAUUUGGUGAAUUAUUUGGAGAAUUAUGAAUUGUAAAAAUAAUAAAAUGUUUGGAAAAUAAGCUAAGUAAAUAGAGACAUCGAUCCAUGCAAAAUUACGAAUUAAAAUAAUACAACUACUAUAUCUAUGUA